CACCUUCCGGCCCGCGCCGUCGCUGCCGCGGAAAUCUCGGCUCUGGUGUUCUGAGUCGAUUGUGACCAUGGCUGCUGAGUCUGAUGUUCUACACUUCCAGUUUGAACAGCAAGGAGAUGUAGUCUUGCAGAAAAUGAAUCUCUUGAGACAGCAGAAUUUAUUUUGUGAUGUGUCAAUUUAUAUUAAUGACACUGAGUUCCAGGGGCACAAGGUGAUUUUAGCUGCUUGUUCCACUUUCAUGAGAGAUCAGUUUUUACUCACGCAGUCAAAACAUGUCAGAAUCACCAUCUUGCAGAGUGCAGAAGUUGGCAGAAAAUUGUUGCUCUCUUGCUAUACUGGAGCACUUGAAGUUAAAAGGAAAGAGCUUUUGAAAUACUUGACUGCUGCUAGUUACCUUCAGAUGGUUCACAUUGUGGAAAAGUGCACAGAAGCCUUGUCAAAUUAUCUGGAAAUUGAUCUUUCUAUGAAAAACAACAAUCAACAUAAUGACCUGUGUCAAUCUUCUGAUCCUGAUGUUAAGAAUGAAGAAGAAAAUUCGGAUAAAGACUGUGAGAUAAUUGAAAUUUCAGAAGAUAGUCCUGUAAACAUAGAUUUCCACGUUAAAGAAGAGGAAAGCAACACUUUACAGUCUACAGUAGAGAGCUUGACAUCAGAGAGAAAGGAAAUGAAGUCGCCAGAGCUGUCUUCAGUAGAUAUAGGUUUUAAAGACAAUGAAAUUUGUAUCCUCCAUGUGGAAUCUAUCAGUACCGCUGGUGUAGAAAAUGGGCAGUUUUCACAGCCUUGUACCUCUUCAAAAGCAAGCAUGUAUUUCUCUGAAACACAGCAUUCACUGAUCAAUUCUACGGUUGAGAGUGGAGUGGCAGAAGUUCCUGGAAAUCAAGAUCAGGGCUUAUUUUGUGAGAAUACCGAACGAAGUCAUGGUACAGUGAAUGAGAUUCAGAAUCUGGAUGAUGCUUAUUCACUGAGGCACCAGUGCCCUAGGUGUCCUCGAGGAUUUCUUCACGUUGAAAACUAUUUGCGCCACCUUAAGAUGCAUAAACUGUUCUUGUGCUUACAGUGCGGGAAAACAUUUACACAGAAGAAAAAUCUCAACCGGCACAUUCGAGGGCACAUGGGCAUAAGGCCCUUUCAGUGUACAGUGUGCUUGAAGACAUUUACUGCUAAAAGCACGCUUCAGGACCACUUGAACAUACACAGUGGGGAUCGACCAUAUAAGUGCCACUGUUGUGACAUGGAUUUCAAGCACAAAUCUGCCCUCAAAAAGCAUUUAACCUCUGUCCAUGGCAGAAGCAGUGGUGAAAAACUACCCAGGCAUGAUCUCAAAAGGCAAACUGUACUAUAAUUAGAAUCACACCUUGUUAUGUAAGCCUUAUAUCAUUCUGUUAGGCAAGUCUUUCUAUAGAAAUGCAGCAUUUGUAAUAUUGCAUUUCCCCCCCAUCUUUUGGUCUUCUUUCUGGUCUGCCUACACAUGGUAUUCUUUCCAAACUUCUAUCAGUUCCAAAGUGUGGGAGACAUGAUAAAACUGAUGGGAUGCUGUCUUAUCUCAUACAUUAUAUAUAAGUCCCAGUGGUGUACCUAGAGAUAUAGUGUUCCUCUCUUAAAAUAUUCUUGGUUCUAGUGACAGAGCAUCCAGCAGUAUUUCCAGAUGCUGAUUUUGAGUCUCUAGAUAAUUGAUAUACAUGUAAAAUCCAACCAUAUAAUAACUUUAAUGAGUUCGGAUAAUGGAAAGAGAAAAUAAAUAUAAAAACACAGUUAUCCAUUAUUAGUCACUUUAAGAACAGAUAAGACUAGUGAAUUUUUUUUUUAACCAACUGCUAUUGGAUUCUGAACUAAACACCAAGGUACCUGUUGGUUUAAACUGUAAAGGAACACAAUUCAUUGUCACUUGGCAGUAGCAGAAUUUUCUACUAUGGGCUAAUAUUCCUUAAAAUAAUAUUUCCAUGAGUUGUUAGUAUAUAUAUUUUAGAAAUGAUUAAUUGGAUCCUAGUUUCCUGAUUUUAUUUAAUACAGUUGCAUUUAAUAAUUUUGUGGCCAGUAAAAUUAUAUCGUUGGCACAAAGCUCUGAAAAAUUACUUUUCUUAGAAAUCCCAACUUUAUGAAAGAUAUUUGUUCUACUGUUUUUUAAAUUUAUUUUAUUUUCAGUUAACAUAUAGUAAAAUUGACCUUUGCUUU